UUGAAUUUUACACUUGAAAAAAAUUCACUGUUUUUAUCGUUGUAACAAAAACACUGUUAUAUUGAAAUGGAGGAAGUAGUGGUAAUUGUAGGAGCUGGUCCAUCAGGGUUGGCAACUUCUGCUUGUCUCAAACUUCUAAAUAUACCCAACAUAAUCCUCGAGAAAGAGAAUGUUUAUGCUUCUCUUUGGAAAGAUAGAUCUUACGAUAGAUUAAAACUCCACCUUGCGAAACAGUUUUGUCACCUCCCUCAUAUGCCAUAUCCACCUAACGCACCAACAUUUGUGCCUAGACAAGAAUUUAUCCGUUAUAUCGAUGAUUACGUAUCCACUUUCAACAUCAAGCCUAAGUAUCAUCGGUCGGUUGUGUCAGCCAAGUAUGACGCGCUCCAUCAAAAAUGGAGAAUUGAAGUUACCAACACUAUGACAGGAGAGGUUGAGUUAUACUUUGCGAGAUUCCUCGUGAUCGCGACCGGUGAAAAUAGUAAGGGGUAUAUUCCCCGAGUCCAAGGAUUAGAGUGUUUUGAAGGGAAGGUAAUUCAUUCAAGUCAAUAUAAGUCUGGGGCGGAAUAUAACGGGAAGAAAGUUUUGGUUGUUGGCUGUGGGAAUUCUGGUAUGGAGAUCGCAUAUGAUCUCUCUAAUUAUGGUGCAUCUACUUCUAUUGUUGUUAGGAGCCGUUUUCAUGUGCUUACCAAAGAAAUGGUCUAUUUGGGAAUGGUUCUUCUGAAAUACCUUCCUGUUAGUUGUGUCGAUCCACUGAUAAAUAUGCUGUCGUAUUUAAGUUAUGGAGAUUUGAGUAAGUACGGGAUUCAUAGGCCUGCCGCUGGAGCCUUUGAGAUAAAAGCAAAGGCAGGAAGGUCUCCGGUGAUCGAUGUGGGAACUGUCGAAAGGAUUAAAAAUGGAGUGAUUACGGUAAUGCCCGGCAUAUCAAGGAUGGAAAAGAACAACAUUGUGUUCGAUAACGACACGAAAAAGCAUCAUUUCGACGCCAUAAUAUUUGCGACUGGAUAUAGAAGUACAGUCAACAAUUGGCUUACGGAUGAUCAUGACUCCCUACUCGGAAAAAGUGGAAUGCCAAAGAACCCAUUCCCAGAUCAUUGGAAAGGAGCAAAUGGUUUAUACUGCGCUGGAUUGUCUAGGAGAGGACUAGCAGGGGUUUCAAUGGAUGCCGGAACCAUUGCCAAAGACAUAAAAAAAUCCUUUUUCAGCUAAAAGUCGAAGGAGAGACUAGAGAGUUAAUUUGGAGAGAAACAAAAAUAAAUGCUAAGUUAAUUAUCACGGAUAAUGAAUCAAUCAUGUACACGUAGUUUAAUCCUUUAAAAAUUUUCGUAAAGGGCAGGUUGUGCACAGGUGAUCGUUACUGAGAUUUGUGUGUAAAUCGGUAACAACUUCCUCCUGUAAGUGAAGUUAAUCUGAUUGUGUGGUUAACCGUGACAGAAAAUGUUCAAGCGUCGUUCCGAGAAAAAAAGAAGUGGAAAGAAAGCAUAUUCUGAUACGUCAAACGUAAGAUUUUUUAAUCAUACGUAUGCAUGAAAGUAAAUUUGCAAAUGAAAAACUACUAGAUCUCGUAAGACUGAUGCACCAUUUUACAGUGGGUCCAAUUGCAUUAGUUGUUCACCAAUCAACGAAUGCCACGUGAUAUUAGUCCAACUUUUUGACUUUGACCUUCACUCCCGUCCUCAACCCUAAUACCCCAAGCGCUUUUCAUCUCUUCGAGCCGGCAAGGUAGACGUCGUACGUUACUCCUCCUAUAUAUAGUCACUGUCAUGACGACAUGGGGCAUUCCGCCCACCCCCUCCCCCGGUACUUUGGCCCACCUGACUUGUAUUUACUAGCGAGGGCAUGAUUCCAACUCCUUGAGCUUGUAGGCCACGAACCCCAAACAUUACUGACGUUCUUCAUAGCGCAACUAAUACGGUCAUUAUUUACUCCAAUUUCAAAGAGAAAUCACGCACCCCAUUUCUUCUUCCGGCUAAGUAAGUACAAUCGAGAAAACAAAAUUCAAAUUUUCUUACCAGAAGAAGAAAUGGGAAGGUGCUUCACAUUAAUCUC